AUGAAAAAGUUCACUGUAUCUGCUCCUGGAAAAGCUAUAUUGUUUGGUGAACAUGCUGUUGUAUAUGGUUAUCCAGCGAUUGCAACUACAAUCGGUCUUCAUUGUUGUUUUACAGUUACCAUUGAAGAUGAAAUUUGUGAUGAAAAUAUCGUCGUAGAUUUUAAAGAUUUAUCAGAAAAAAGUAUUUACAUACCAAUCAAAGAUAUUCCCUCAAAUUUAAGUACAUUAUCUGUUUCAGAGCAUGCAUGGAUGUUAGCAUCGGAGAUACUUGGUUGUUCAUAUAAUUCUUCUGAAAAUACACCUCUAGCUACUAGUACAUGUGUGUUAUUGUACCUGUUCAUUCGUGCUUUACAACUAAAGACUCAUGAAUGUGACUAUUCAAUCCCCACUAUUUUUAAUGGAAGACACUCUAUACGAAUCAUAGUUCGAUCAGAUAUUCCAAGAGGAUCAGGAACCAUUGUAGAAGACAUAAGUAGUAUCUUGGAAAAAUCAUUGACUCGGGAACUGAAACAGUCUUUCUCCGACCAUGUAACUAGAAAUCAGUUUUUAUUGAACGAAUUGGGUAUAUCAAACUCUGUUGUAAAUCAAAUCAUUGCUGAAAUGAAACAGAUUGGUAUACCAGCGAAAAUUACUGGUGCAGGUUUCGGAGGCUUUGUACUCGGAUUUAUUCUUGACGCAAAUCAUGAUGAAAAAUUGUCUAGUCUUAUCAGAAACUGGAAUGAACGCUCUUUAUGGGCGAAAAUUGUCUCUGUUAAAGCUAUUGGUAUGGAAUAUAAUGCUCAUUCUUUUUAA